UUGGCAUUUGCAGCUGAAUAGCCCUAAUAAAAUACUUCCUUUCAUUUCCCAAGUCCUUCCCAUCUGGCGCGACUUCAGUCUUCAAUUCCAGUCGAUCAGAGGAAGAACUAGAGACACCGGAUUUGAUGGCUCCGAAACCUGUUACGAGUCCCGUCUCCGAAGCGUGGUACCCAACCCUUGCGGUCUCCAUGAUCGCCGUUGGACUCAUUAUUACCGCUUCGUUUUUCAUCUAUGAAGCUACGGUUUCUAGGAAAAACCGUUGUCUGGCCAAGGAACUUACUAGGGGAGCAGUUGCCAGUGUUUUCUUGGGUUUUGGCUCCUUGUUCUUGCUGCUUGCUUCUGGUGUUUAUGUCUAACUUUCAGAAGCAUAUGUUGAGAAUUAUGUUUAUUUAGGGAGUCAGUUUUACAAUUAUGUUGCUGGGCUAGGACUACUUCCGUAAAAACAGUGGUAUUUUUUCCAAUGAGGAAUGAGUACAAUCGAAUUUUCCUUUUUUUUUUUUUUUUAAUAGAGCAUAACGUGCAUUAUGAUUGAAGGAAUUUUGUAGACUUGAAAAUGGCAGUGGUGAAGAAAUCAGCUUUCGAUAGAACCAUUGCUUUCUUCAAUAAUGUGGAAGUUGAUUGAAAUCUUAUAUGAAGGGAGCAUACCAAUCCUUGUUAACUGGUAAAUUGAUUGAAUUCGUUUACUGGUUAGACUUCAGGAUUUGCAAA